UGCUUUCCAGGGAGGCACGUUGUGGUUUAGGAGGGAGGCUAAUGAGGUGUCUCGUUUGAAAGACGACGGCUGCACUAAGGGACCGAGGCCUGGCCACCAUGAGGCUGUGUGCAUUGCUGCUUCUGCUGCUUGGGUCCUCUCUCGGGGUGUCCACACAGCUGCCUGAGCUGAUACAAGAAGAGGAAGGGAGCGGCCCCGGUGGUUCAGGUGGGAUCGGGGAGACUCCACUGCCGGAGCCUGUGAAUGACACCUACUGGUCGGGCACGGCCCCCCUGUGUCUCGGGGGGUGUCAUGGGAGACACCAGGAGCUGAAGAGAGACCGCUGUGGAGACUCGGACUGCUGUUGGUUCGGCUACAAAUCUCUCUGCAGAGUCAACUGUGGGAGGCCAGAUGUGGACUUCAAUGGCGCGGUGUUUGGGAACGACUGGUGGGUGGGCUCUGUGGUGAGGUACACCUGUCGCGCCGGCUUCCUUCUGGUGGGCGACCCGGCCCGAGCCUGCCAGUCAAACGGCCGCUGGACCCCCAAGCCCUUCUGUCUCAGGGUGUGUCGGCGGGGCAGUAUAGAUGUCAACGAGAGGGACCUAGAUGGGUUUUGCUCCUCCAGCUGUCCGUCCAAGUCCUACGUAGGUCCUCCCAAACAUGGCUGCAGCCGCAUCGACAACUGCAGGAAGAAGGAGUCUGCCUGGAACGGCUGGUUCACCGGCUGUGACUCCUGUCAGUGUGACUGCUCCAUUGCAUGUGCGUCUGCAGGCUAAAGGCUGGAGAGGAUAAAUCUCUGGCACAUGUACAUCUAGGAAUCCUCAUUGCAUCCCUCCUGAUUCAUCCCGUGUGUGACUUGGUCCAGGGAAGGGUGGCUGGAAGGAUGACCUUGAGACACACAUCUGUGGACCUGACUUCUACCUUCUACUGUGGUCAACUCCGGGGCUAAAACCACCGUCUUAUUUCCUUCUCUCCCCUGUGUGAAAGGCCAACCAUGUUCAACCGAGCCUCAAAGGCCUUUUUUUGUUGUUGUUAAGGACUAAAGACAAGGCACACAGUGGAGACAAAUAUGUGUGUAUAGCAGCCCUUGUGUAUGUAUCCUCUAGUCUCUUGUGUGGAUGUGUUCAUGUAUAGACAGAGAGACAGAGUGUAUCAUUACUCUGCAGGCAGUGUCCGUGGGGAUUAAGUCUCUUUCAAUCUGUCCCGGAAUGAGCGUGAUGGAAAGCUGAGACCUUAAUCUGGUUACCAGCCCGGAUAGAUAAAGCAUCGGAGAGAUACUCCGAUACUGCAUCGGAGAGAGGUGGUCUGGCUGCUGCAGGUCAGAUACCAGGGUCAUCUAAACAGUAUUUAAGUGUUUGUAUUUCCGAUCUAGAUUGUAUUUGAGUGUAUUAGAGAGUGUUGUGUAAAAAAAACGAAAAACGAAAAACAUUUUGGAAUUCUUUGUGUUUGUACAGUGAAUCGUUAUUUUUCCAUGAAUCGUUGAAAUGUGUGACUGUCAUGUGAGAUACAUGUACAGAGGUAUAACAAGUGAGUUCAAAGUCAAA